AUGACUAGCACAUUGAAGAAGCAUCAUCAGUACCAACAAUAUUUAGAGAUUGAAAAGGGAGAGCUGCCACUUCCAGAUUUUGAUAUAACAAAGCAAAUCAAGUUGUUUGUGGGAGAAGCAUUCUGCCAUUUCUCAGAUUGCAUGAAUUUAAUUAAAAUGAUCACAAACAAUCUCAGAAAGUAUAUGAAGAAGCAUUCUGAGGCAAGUGUUGUAGAUGAAGGCUGGGGAGGUGGCAUAGCAUUCAAAAAGAUUGUGAAGAAGUGCAGACUUUCAAUUCCAUGCAAGAUCUGUGAAAAAACUUGGAAUUUUUAUUGCAAGAAGUUUGAGAAGUGUUCUUACAAAGUGCUGUUUUUUUCAGUAUUAGAUGUUACUAGUGAGAUAUCAGUGGUGGCUGAGUUUUCAGAAGAGAAGAGAAAAUCUUCAGACUUUGUUGAGAAGAAGAUGAAGAAGAAUGAUGAGGAAUCUGAGAAGAAGAAGAAGUAUGAGAAAGCAUUUGAGAGUGGUGAUGAGAAAACUAUCAGUGAAUAA